UUUUUAAACGCCCGUCAAAGACGGACUCGUGGAUUAGUUUUGGUCCAGCGUCACAAACGGCGGUCUGUCGUCGCUGUGUAAGGGUUUGUGGACGGGCGUGUAACGGCCGUGUGGGUCCUCGUGUGCUCUCAGUGUACAGGGUGAUAAAGAACCAGCCUCCUCCCAUCCUCUCCAUCGAGCUGGACCACAACCCCUUCAAGUGUCAGGCUCCUGGCUGCCCCAAGUCCUUCAGGAAGGCCAGUCUGCUGCACUACCACACCAAGUACUACCACUCGGACCAGCAGCUGGACCGAGGCCUGGAAGCGGGACCACAGAGGAGGAGGAGGUCGUCUUCUGAUGGGAACGACUUCAUGCUGGGCAGGAAGCCUGAGAGCCGGAGCAGCAGUUGUCAUGGUGACGACGGGGAGCAGAGCAUCAUGGGAGCAGAGUUAAAGAAGGAGGAGAGGAAGGAGAAGCAAGGAGGGAACGACAGGAAGGACAGGAAGCACUUCCUGCGGGUCAAACUGAAGAAGAAGAAAAAGAAAAAGAAGAAGAAGAAAAGUCUGCCAGGGUUCGGCUCCAGCGAGGAGGAAAUAUCCGACAGACCUCCGAUCACUCUGAAGCUUUCACACACACAUGUCGACGAAGGCAGUGAUUGGUCGACUCUAACAGCUGAGAGCGGAGAGGACACGCCCCCCUGGCACGUUGCUAUGGAGACAGAUGAGUGUGAGGAGGUCAGGUGUGUGUGUGAGGUGGACGAAGAAAACGACUUCAUGAUCCAGUGCGAGUCGUGUCUGUUCUGGCAGCACGGCACCUGCAUGGGACUGUACGAAGACAACGUUCCUCUCAGCUACACCUGCUACUACUGCAGACAGAGCUCAGGUUGGAGGCGGGCUCAGCGCUUCUUCUCCGAACCCGACCUGCUGAUCUCGGGCCCCAUGUUCGGCCUGUCGUGCGUGAAGGAGAACUACUCGGAGACCAACGCCUCCAAGAUUUCCCACACCGGCCGCCUGCUGACGCACACGCGUGGUCUCGGCCAGGUCCUCAACGGCCUGCAGCUGAAAAUCAGCCUGCUGCGCUCACCGUGCCACCCCGACCUGCAGCUGUGGAGGUUACCAUGGAGACAGGAGGACGGGCCGAGGCUCACAUCCAGCCCCCGAGGAGAGCCUGCCAUCUGUUACAUCAGCAGUGAGCACUGCUACCAGAAGCCCGGAGCAUCAUGGGAAAUGGCAGAGAGGACCCAGGAACGACCGGCAGUUUUGGUGAAACAGGAAGUGGACUCUGAGGAAAAGGUAGAGACAGGAAGUGGAUCAGCUCUACUCCACAGGUGGAAACCUCUGAGCUCUGGAACCCAGCGAGAGAUGGAGUUCAGCCACGGUCGUGAAGACGGUCUGGUGAGGACCGUGCUGUCGCCAACUGAAAUGCUGGAGUUUUUUGAGGGCCGGGAGGACUUCCUGUAUUACCGACACUCCAGCUUCAGUCAGGCCGAGCCUUCGGAACGUUCAGAGGAUGUUUCAGUAGGUCUUGUGUUGGAGCGUUUCCACAGAAACCCGUCCAAACCAGCCAACGAAGACGUGGCGGAGCGACUCUUCCUGACCCGUCAGGGGCAGAUCGAGCUGACCUACCACCUGACGGAGCGCCACUUCUUCCCCUCGAAGAUCCUCUUCACCAAGCUCUCGAAGAAAUACAGCUUCACCCCGGACAUGGUGUCCACCUUCCAGGCGGAUGUGUCUGAGAGAGCUCCUCAGGCCCUGACUCUGCUCAGGCUGCUGCACGCCAUGCUGAAGAAGCAGAACGAGUUGACUUUCCUCAUCUGCAAGUCCAUGAAGGAGAAAACCACCAUGGCGGCCCUCAGAGAGCAGGAGGAGCCCCAGCUGAAGCUUCUGACUCCAAACGUCUGCAGCUCCGGCCCACCGCAGCAGGAAACGUUCCAGAUGAACCGUGAUGCUCUCCAACUGAAGCUGCGACAGGACACCGCCGUGCCCCCCCACCUGAGCCCCACCUGA